UUUCGUUUAUCCUUCUCUCGGGUUGCGCAGUCCGAGAGGCCCAUCUGUCUCUUACUAUUUGAGUCCCUGCUGUCUCAUUGGCAGCUUUCUGAGCAGCUGCAAAAUAUGUUUUUAACUUUAAGUGGAAGUUGGGAUCAUCAGCGUCUGGCCUGGAACAGCCACUCUCAGCAAGGGCUCUUUCGGCUCUGACAGUCCCUAGCUUUACAGAUCGGCACCCCAGUCGUCUGCCUGGUCGUCCUUCCUCGCAGAUCAUCUAUUCCAGUCGCCUCGCAACAGCAGCUCGGCGACAGGGGCUGGAACCGGAACGAGAACUGCUCGCGCGCGCUCAGAGGGCGCCGGCGGCGGCGGCAGCACCGCCCUCCGGGAGGACUAUGCUGCGAGGCAAGUCCCGGCUCAACGUGGAGUGGCUGGGCUACUCGCCCGGCCUGCUCCUGGAGCGCAGGCCGCUCCUGGCGGGGCGCACGCCCCGCAGCUCCGGCCGGUAAGUCACGUGAACGCUCGCGCCCGCGACUGCGCCUGCGCCGGCCGCAGCCUGGCGUCACCUCGGCGCGCCGCGCCUGCGCGCUGCGGCCCACCGCCCGGCGCUCGCCGGUACUUCCGGCACGGCCCGCCUCGACCGGUCGCCUGCCGAGCCGAGCCGCUGAGCUCAGCCCGCCUCUGAGCACCUGCCGCGGGCGUGGCGACGCCAUGGAGCGCCUUGAUAAAGCGGCGCUGAACGCGCUGCAGCCGUCCGACUUCAGAAAUGAAGGUUCGUUAGCCUCCACUCUGAAGACGCUCCUGUUCUUCACAGCUUUAAUGAUCACUGUGCCUAUUGGCUUGUAUUUCACAACUAAGUCUUAUGUUUUCGAAGGCGCCCUUGGGAUGUCCAAUAGGGACAGCUAUUUUUAUGCUGCUAUUGUUGCAGUGGUCGCCGUCCACGUGGUGCUGGCCCUCUUUGUUUACGUGGCCUGGAAUGAAGGCUCACGGCAGUGGCGUGAAGGCAAACAGGAUUAGAGUGAACAUCACGUUUUGAUAACACUAAAUUGCUUUUUUUAAAUGGUGAAUGCAUCGGGGGUAUUGGUGAUUUCAAUAAAGUUGAAAGAACAUGUUAAAAUCAAUCUUACGGAGUCACGUUUGACUAGUGUAAAUUUUGGUCCUUCUAAAACAGUGGUUUGUAUCAUCAAUUUUAACUGUAUGAAGCUCUCAUUUGCAAAUGAGAAUUUGGAAAAGUUAAAGUGGUUACAAAUAAGUAUGUUAAAUUUGUUAUACCUUAUUCUGGGAAGAACUUGAUUCUUUCAACGACAAAAAUUGCGUUUUUUGGGUUGGCUGUGAGUUUUACUCCUCUGGAUGUGUUCAGAUGUGCAGGGUGGAGAAAAUCUAAAUGUUAUUUUUGAUAGAAUACUUUCCCUAACUGUCAUGAAAAUACCAGAUCUUUGAACUUGAGGUUGUGAAUUCCUAUUGAAAUCUGCUUAAAUUGUGGACACUGGAAUUAAUUUGAAUGUCACUGAGAAGUUUUGCAUCAAGUGUAAACCCUAGUCAGUAGAAGUUUUUCAUUACGCUAUUUCAUGGGGGCACUAGGCUGAAUCACAACCGUUCAUGUAAAAGGACUGGUUUGUUGAAGACUGCAGAUAGCAAAGUAAGGAGCUAGCUGCCUGGGUACCUGGCCUGCUCCCUAAAGGCCCCUUGCAGGCCAGCCUCCUGCUUUCAGACCAGCUCUUUAACGAUCCGCUUUGCCCUGUCAUUCAACAAUGAAUUUAGGCUUUUAUUAUAAGGUUUGUGUAAACUCCCCUUAAAUUUGUUUUUCCUACUUCUUAAUAAUGUAAAUGAAUGAAGUUACAUGUGUUCAUUUUUGCCUUCUUAAGGAGUGUAAACAAGCCUGAAAGUAGAUUAUUUUUAUCACCCAGGAAGUAUUCUCCUUGGGAUUUCCAGUCUAGUCUUUUUAAUCAGUGCUGUCAUAUCCCAGACACUUAGAGCUAGGUACUCCUUGAGGUUUUCUUUCUGAUAGAAAAAGACCCCAUGGUUUUUUACCUUAGUAUCCUUAGUCUGUGUUCUUUGCAGCUCCUUGGUACUACUUUUGUGUAAUCUAAACAUACGGCUGGAAAAAAUGCCUAUUAAAACAGGAGGAAAAUUUAAAUUCCCUGUAGUGUUGCUACCUGUCCAUCCGGUUUGAUACACACUAAAAAUUUGGUUUAAGUUCAAAUCCUGCCAGUUCUACCUGACGGCUAUUUGCAUUUUUUUCAGAUGAGUGAUUAUUGGCUGUUUUUUCCUAGUAAAAAUGUACAUUCUACCUUUCUUUUUCUUUUUUUUUUUUUUUUGGCCGAGCCUGCUGCGUGUGGAAGUUCCCAGGCCAGGGAUCGAACGUGCACCGCAGCGGCAACCUAAGCCACCGCAGUAAUGACACCCGACCCUUUACCUGCUGAGCCACAGGAGAACUCUGCUACCUUUACUCUUUUUAACUAGAUAUCUCAUUGUACCAAUAUCUUGAUUCCUGAGACAGUGGCCCUGGUUAUGAGUGUUGGCCAUUACUCGUUCAUUCACCUGUAUUUUCGAUGUUGUGGAACUGGAUGAAAGGAGUAGAGACGUAGUUCAGCAUAAAAUCAAAGAAGGCAUUUGGGUUUCUUUGAUUGCUAAGGAAAAAGAAAAGGUGAUUAUUGUAGGACUGUUUUUUAUUCUUGCCUAUAGCUAAAUGUUAUCCACAGUUGAAAUGUCUUAAGCAGUUAUUCUAAAUGUAAAAUGUUUUCUUAAAAGACUCCAGUUUUAGUAUGUAACUGUACAAAUUUAAUAUGGAAUUGUGGAAUAUGAGUCUGUUGUACCCUGUGGUAGAUUUCUAGGUGGUCCCCUCUUUAGAUGCUUUGUGGUACUUAGAAUAUGUCCACCUAAUUUCGAUAAUGCCAAGGUUUUUCGUGUACUUUGGGGAUCUUCUGCUGUUUGUAAAAUAUUAAUGUCCAGUGUUGGAUUAUUUUGUUUGAUUUCAGACAUUGGCUGAGUGUUUUUCUGCGAGUAUUUAAAUUGGGGAUUCAUGCACAAGCAGCUGUAAUUUCCUCUUAGAAAAGGUACCAAGCAUUUGAAAGACUCGGAUGCUGGGGUUAAUAUUUAGGCCUAUUACAAUAGAGACUUGUUUUCAAACAGUUACUAUUUUCCUAGGGUUUUAGCUGUUAACUCACUAGUUUGCUGCUGUUGAAAUAACAUAUGCUAUUUGACAAAUGGAUUUAUUUUUCAAGAUGUCCCAGUGAUUUCCUCUUGUACAAUGUAUAUACUUCAGGAUGUAUAGAAAGGAAAGCUACAAAUGAGCCCUUAUAUAUACCCGUUGAAAGGUAGGAACAUGUCCACUCUUGUUUGAAAGCUGAUUGUGAGAAUAACCUCCGUUAGGGAGUGUAACUUGAAGUGUUAGUGCAGGCUACUGAUUUAACACAUUACCUACCUUCUUCGCCUCACCUCCCAUUUUGCCCCCCAGAGUAUAACCUUUUUUCUCACUGUGCUAAAAAAUGGAAAGUCUGCUGUAGAAUGCAUCUGAUGAAUUAGCUCUUCAAGUGGGUACCAUUUUACAUGUGACAGCAGAAUUCAGUUUUGAGUUGUGACCGAAGAAAUUUAAACCCUCCAUUUAAAAACAAACAAAGCAACCCUAUGUUUCAUGGGAAUCUAACAGAAAUAUCCUGUAAGAUUAUUGUCAUCAUAAAAAUCUGUCCGCUUUGCCCAGAAAGCAGCCGAUUGACUUAUUUGCUGUUCAUUUUCCAUUUUCAUAUACAGUUUAUGUGUACAGAUAGAAUACCCAUGGAGACGAGUAGACACAGUUAAGCAGAUAGGCUGUGCCCAAGGAAUGAUGAAAGCUGAAGGUACCGAUGUAAGUGUGUCUAGUGUGUAUUUCUCGUCUCCACACAAGUUCAUGUUUAGUGCUUUGUUUAUGCCCCUAGUGAAGCUGCAGACCAUUGUCAGGCCCAUUUUAUAAAUGGUUCGCCCAUGGCGCAGCAUUGUCGCGCGUCUUAGGUCAGCAGCAGAUUUCUCUGCUGUCAGCCACUCCGUCCUCCAUCAGAGUAGUACCGCUUGAAGUCGCACUCUCCUCUUACAUUUAAGAUAGUUGUUGCAAGAGUUGGGCUGAAGCAGCACCUUCAUAACGUGGUGAGAUUUCUUUUUCCUUUUUGUGUGGGGCGGGGGGAGGGUCACCUGAGAAAAUCAGUGGUUUGCAGGGACUUUGGGAACCUAACGAUAAAUAUUACAUGUAAUCUCUGCACAGAUUCAUCCUUUGUAUGUUCAUUCAAAUGGUUAAAAUGGAAUUUUCCUCAGCUUAUCAUCACUCCUGGCCACACUUUCCUUGCCUGUUCUGUGGCUGCGGCUACUUGCGAGUGAUACCUGCGUUCCUUUGACGAUGUUCCGUAGGUCAUAUUUGUCAAUUGCACAACUAGUCUUCCUUUUUCUCAAGUUCAGUGAAGUCUCGCUGGACAGUAAUGAUAGCAAUAGCUAACUAACAUCUGCACAGCACCUUACAGUUUGCAAAGAACGUCCACAUAUUCUCGUUUUUUUCUUGCAUAGUGAACCUGUUACAAGAUGCCUCUUGACAUCGAUGCUAAAGUGUUACAGUCUUUUAAGUCACUAGAGUCGCUGAAUAUGCUGUAGUCUUUUCUUGACCAGUGCCCUGACGGGGGCAGGUUUUAGAUGCGCCACCGUGAAAGCUGCGUGUAACCUGCAAAAUGGGGGGCUUGAGUUCCUUCGCCACUUGAAUCAGAUUUACUUUUGUAAGUGAUGCUUUUCUAACCGUUAUCUGGAUGGGUUUUGUAUUCAUUAUAUCCUAACCUGUAAUUUGUAUAACUUUACCAUCUGUUGUCAUUAAAAAAAGUGUUUGUAAUGCCA